AACUUCGAGGCGCAUUCUUAACGUUACCCACGAGAGGAGCACUUUGCAGAGAUUAGUUUUGUAAAGUAAGCAAAGUCGCUCUCUACAUUCUAUUUAUGGUCCCCCCCCCUCUUCCCGGCCUGACGUCAGCAGAAAGUUAUUUUCAUGAAUGGAGGGGGCUGUCACGAGGAUUCGGUGACGUGGGCUCUCGCGGAAGCGCAGCGUGGAAUGUUGGUACAUUGUUGUUGUUUUGAAUUUUUAUUCAGUACGAGGAGCCGCAGCCGCCCGUCGAGCUGCGUCAAUUUACUGCGUGGAUUUACUGCGUGGAGUCAGUGCGCAGCCCGCACCGGGACCCCCGCUCCGCCGCUUCUUCACGCACCACCGUCCGCAAACAUCCGCGUCCACAGAGUGUCGCUUCUGUGAGAUUCUGGCCGGUUUGUCUGCAAGCAGGGAAUGACGACUCAUUUCAAGACGAGCAAAGCUUUAAAGGUCAAGAAGGAGGUGGGUGAGAAUGCCACGGUGGUCAGUGACGACGAGCUGGUGGCCAUGUCCGUGCGGGAGCUCAACCUGCACCUGCGCGGGCUGACCAAGGACGACGUCGCCAAGCUGAAGCAGCGGCGCCGCACGCUGAAGAACCGCGGCUACGCCGCCAGCUGCCGCAUCAAGCGCGUCACCCAGAAGGAGGAGCUGGAGAAGCAGAAGACGGAGCUGCAGCGCGAGGUGGACAAGCUGGCCCGCGAGAACGCCAGCAUGAAGCUGGAGCUGGACGCGCUGCGGGCCAAGUACGAGGCCCUGCAGUGCUUCGCCCGCUCCGUGACCCGCGGGCCGCUCUCGCCGGGCGGCAAGGUGGCCGCCACCAGCGUCAUCACCAUCGUCAAGUCGUCCAACCGCGGCAGCCCCAGCCCGAGCCCGUUCUCCACCCUCUCCUAGUGGCCACAGGACUGGGCUCUCGUCCUCCUGCCCGGUCCUCCCCCCCCCUCACCCCCCCGGGUUCUGGUCCCGCUCACCCUUGCGCCCGAGAGAACGCCCAGUGGUUCGGGCCGAGGGAUGCAAACGGGCGGGUUAGCUCUUGUUGGUGUAGUUCUGCUCCAUCUCUCCUCGCCCGUCUCUCUUAUCGUGCACUGUGCAAAACG